AUGAAGAUCAUAACCUGGUUGUUAUACUUGAUCAAAAUAAAUAUAGUCCAAAUCAUAUUGAAUAAUUCAAGGAACCCUUCUAUUUCGUUGCAAUAUAUCCACAGCUCAAUAUUUGAUCACACACCUUCGAAAUGUACUGGUGAUACAUUGAAAGAAGAUAUAUAUAGUGCAGAAAGAGUUUGGAUGAACAAUAUCACCGACAUCCCUGUGGUGUCAAACGAAGAUUAUAUGUGA